AUGGAACCUGCGUCACCGGUACAAAUGCGACUAGCUUUGGAGAAUCUCUGCCUCGCUCGGCCACUGAGCAGCGAAGAGUUCAGUCGGCCUUGCAAUUGCUCGACCUCCUCUCCUCGGACAUACCUCGCCGCGAUUGUUUUCCAAGGUACGUCUUCAAUCGCGCGGAUUACGGUAGAGCGCGAAAGUAGUGUGAUUUCGACGACAGGUUGAUUGGUAACCGCCGGCCGAGUAGAUUAUCCCCGCGCCUCGGAAGCGAAUUCAUCUGACAAUUUCCUCCUCGAAACUGGUCCCGUCGGCACCGUUAUAACUUCUUCUACGAUUUCAUCCGCCGCUUACCCUUUUGCGGUUACUUUUGUUCCUCUGGGGGGAAAUGAUGAGUUGGGUUUCGAUUUUAUUCCAUAAUAAAAGCCAGUUUUUCAAAAGGUCAACCGAGACUGAACAUCUGAUAGUAAGUCAGAGCAUCCGCGCUCUACGAACUUUUGGGAAAUUAUUCAUUCUUACACUUGAAUAAAGAAUAAGCAAAAUUCAAAUAUAUUUUGGUCUAAUCAAAAGACCGGAUUUUUUGCGAAGCUCUCAAAAAAGAUUACAAAUAAAAUCGAUUAGCAAAAGAAAAUGUCUCGUUGGUUUUCCUCAACUGACUUGAAAGACUUGAACUUUCGAUGGCUGUCGCAUUAGACGGUUUUGUCUCCAGCGAAACUGGUCGGUUGGCAGCUUCUUCGGCUUUUUUGGGGAAAGUGCAUUACUUAACCGGAAAUUACAGUAGCCUGCCAGGCAGACAGAUUGCCGCCUUCCGGCCAAUUUCCUUCUCUUCGCCUUCAAGGGACCCACUCACGUGUUUCAGAUGGAAAGGGCAGUGAUAAGUUUUGAAUUGGUUAAAAAAUAUAAGAUUUCUGAACGUCUAUUAUAUAAGUCGUGAGCAAUAAACGAGAAAGUGUGUUUCCUCUCAAAACAAAAAUGAUAAAUUCAAUGAAUGGAUGAUUUUUUUGCGGAUUCUCGAAAAAAAAAGGAUAUGGCAAAUUUCUCAAACCUAAAAAAACCGACAAAAAAAUCUUGUUCGUUUCUUAAUUUUCUCAUAUGAGCUAAUAAUUCAAAAAAUGAUUCCGACGUAAUUUUUGAAUUUAAAAUUUUUUUUUCAAAAACUUAUUGCACUGUGCUUUUUUCAAAAUAACCCUCGAAAAGAUGUUCCCAUGAGAACUGUGACCUCAUGAUGAAGGCUGUUCCAUUUUUAGUUCUCAGCUCUGUUUUGAACUUCUCAAGGAGUUUUUUUUAGUGCAUUCUCCACUAUCUUAGCUCGAACGAUAGUCUCCUGAGACAGUGCUGACCUCAUACGAGCUCUAAUCACCUCAGACUUUUCUGAGUGGGUCGUUCCCUGAGGUACUUAGUACUGCUCUCAAAUAGGAAGAAUUAUCAUUUCAAGGAAAAACAUUUCUUGGGAUUCUUAGAGGUAGAUUCUCGGUUUUUCACUAUAGGUGAUUGCAAACCAAACCUUAUUGAGUUAACUGCUCCGAAAUUCCUUAUGAAAAUAGUAAAUUUCGCAAAAAGGGUGUACAAAAGGAGUUAAUCUUUGACAUGGCACUUGAACUUUUGUGUGGUAAUCCUCGCGAUAAUUGGCAAUUAUGUUAGAUCUAGAGAGUGAAUUCAGAAAUUUUGUAUUAAUACAAAUCGAGAAGGACCUUGUGAGAAGAAAAAGUUUCAUAUUACUCCAGCCACUUACCUAAACUUGUCAAUUAGAACAAAAAUCGAGAAUCGGAGCAACACCUGAGGACAAUGGCUAAGGACAACAAGAACAAUAUGCGGAGAAAUUCCGGCUAAUUGGGCGAUUGUCCGCGCGGCUCUCGCGGCUGCCCUCAAAUCAAGGCGUCGCGGAAUGGACAUGUCGCGUGGCUAAUUCGCCGUUGUUUUGAUAGCGGUCCUCACACAGUCACCUUGAACACGAAUCUCAAUUGGCCGCCAAUUUACUCACACGGUAUAAUCUGAGCCCCGUUUCCGCCGUUAGCGCCAUUUCUGACACCUUCCGAUGUACUGUAGGCGCGAGAAAGUCGAGUGGACAGUAGGCUAGGGUUCGAAAAUUUUCACGGAGUGACCAUUGGAAGAAACGCGUUACGCGCAUAUUAAGUAUCUAUUCCAAAUUUUUCUGGAAAUCGUUAUUUCCUCUAGAGAGCAAAUCCUGAGAAAAAAAAAGAGAAUUUUCGAAAAUCUUGGAAUUCAACCAAAUUUCUUUCUUUUUGAAAAAUAGUUUUUUGUGAUCGAACUACGUGAGUGUAGUCAAGAAGUAUUUCAGUUGGAAGGAAUGGUGAAUAAAGUCUUGAAGUCACCAUUCUUCUGAAAUCUAGAAUAAUCCUAGGUCGGUGACAGAAGUCGUUAAGCCGCUAGUGUAUAAAGAUCAGAAUAACUAAGUAAGGAAGAAAAUAGGCAAAGUUGAAAUCCUUCUUCUCCAUCGGAACUUCUACCACCUAGCCUGAAGCUCAAACGGCUGAAAAGAGAAAAAAGGAGGAGCUACCGUAAUCGGCAGCUCCUUGCGAGAGCUUCGUCCGCAGGUGAGUUGUUCGAAAGGAUUGUUUAGCUUGCGUCGCAUCUGAAAUCUCAAAUUUCUUCGCUGGCGCGCUCCAUCCACGUCGUCCUCGCGUCUGUUUACCUGCGGAUCAUCAGUUUAUACAACGGAGUGGCGCUUCGAUUGGGGGAGAAAUGUUCCGGGAAGAAAUGCUCGAAUUGGCGGCCCGAUGA